GAAAGAAAAAUAUGUGAGAACAUUUUUCUUAAAGAGAGAGAGAAAGAGAGAGAGAGAGAGAGAGAAAUUGCAUUCGCACGAUCUCUCAAAUUUUGUAGAUCCUUUUCUUUUCUUUUUUUUUUACGUUACAUUUCUUUCAAUCUUUAUUUUUAUUUCUAUUCAUUUAUACAUGUAUGUUUAUAUAUAUAUAUUUUUUUUUUGAUUCGAAGGAUCAAGCGAAAAGCUUCUAAAGAACGCUUGUUGGAGGCAAUGAUUUUUCUUUUUAUUUCUUUUUCUAAAAUCCGCUCGCGCUAAGCUAGUUAGGCUAAAAUAACGAUAGGCUUAGAGAGAAUUUUCUCUUGAAGGGAAGAAGCAAAACAAAAAAAAAAAGGAAAAAUAUAAAAGAAGAAAUAGAAAAAGAAGAAGAGUGGGAAGAUGAAGAUAAAAAUAAGGAUAAAGAAAAGGAAAAAAAAAACAGAAAGAAAGAAAGAAAGAAAGAAAGAAAAAAAAGAAAGAAGGAAAAAGAAAGAAGGAAAAAAGAAAGAAAGGAAAAGAAAAAAAGAAAAAAGAUUGUAAAAAAACGAAGGACGAUUAUUAGUGGGGCAGGAAGUGGAUCGUCGAAGGUGACCUGGGGGCGGCAGCAGGGCGGUCAGGGACGUACUUUGUGGCAAUGAUCAAAGCCCUUUUUUUGCGAGUAACACCACCCGAGAUAUCUCUCUUUCUAAUCGUGUAUAUCUAAGUACACGUAUCGUGUACAUAGAUACCAUACAACAUACCGUACUAUAUAAUAAUUGAUACAUAUACAUACAUAUGUAUUAUCUUUAUAUGUGUAUACGUUUGAAACGUACGUUCGUCUCGCUUUCUCUCGUGCGUCCUAACGAAAGAGAAAGAGAGAUUAUCACUGCGUCGUGUCCACAUUGUGCGAACCGAUCGUUUCGAGCGCGCAAGUUGUAUAUAUAUAUAUGUGUGUGUCUGUGUGUGUUUGUGUGUGUGUGGAUAUAUAUAUAUAUAGCUUGCAUAUAUGCAUAUAUAUGUAAACAAAUUUUCGCGAAAGUAAUUUCUCGAUUCGGAACGGAACUUUUCACGAAAUUGAAGAGAUACGUAGCAAGAUUAUACUUUUUGCAACGAGGAAAACUCUUUUUUUCCUUUCAACGAGUUUAGAAAAAAAAAAGCAGAAAAAAAUAUUGCAAUUAAUCUAAGGUAUUGAUUAUUCCUAGAUUUUUGUUGUUUUGUUGUUUUUUAUUAUUAUUUUUAUUAUUAUUAUUUUGCUUGUCUUUCUUUCUUUUCUUUAAUAACUUUUAGAACGUUGCACGUUCUUAAGAAACGAUCGUUUAAUAUUUAGCCCUAUUAAAAUUAUUAUUUACUACGAUCUUUACAUAUAGAUACAUACAUAUAUAUAUAUAUAUAUAUAUAUAUAUAUAUAUAUAUAUGUGUAUGUAUAAAAUAAUAAAUUUCAAGAUAACAUUAACGAUAACGUUUAUACGUUCGUGCGAUAUUUCCAUAUUCAGAAAAAUUUAAUAACAAUAGUAUUAUAUAAUUAAUAAACGAGACAUUAAUAAACAAUUGAUUUAAAAAAAAGAAGGAAUAAAAUAUCCGACAAGUGAGAUAUAUAUAUGAUUAUCUCUCGAUUACGCGUAACGAAUAAAGAAAAUAAUAAAUCGAGAAAAUCAAUUAUAAUAAACUGAUACGUACACUACGCGUAUCUUCAAAUUUCUAGAAAUUGAUCUUUGAACUAGGAUCAUUUUCUAAUGAAGCGUAUUAAGCUUCUUUUCUCUCGCGAUAGCAAGUAGUACGCUUUCUUUUUCUAUAUUUCAUUUAUCUUUUUUAAAAACGACGAAACGAACGUAUAAGAUGAACGAAAGAAAAAAGAGAGAUCCUCACGAGUUCCUAAGAUGUAAAAAGAGAAACGAAAGAACGAAACAAAAAAAAAAGAGAGAGAGAGAGAGAGAGAAAGAAAAAAAACACAACAGAAUACCGCGUAGUUUCGACUAACGUAAGGGUGAAUGAAAUACUCGUAAAACGUUUAUUUAUUUAAUUUUUUUUCUCUCUUAAUUAUAUCUCCGAUCGUUCGCGCGAAGAUAAAAAGAAUUAUGUUAUCGUUUCUUUUAAUUAUUCCGCAAAUCUCUCUCUCGUUAUAUCUUUUCUUUCUUUUAUAUUUUUAUUUUCCUUUUUAUUUUCAUUUCUUUAUUUUUUUAUUUUUUUAUCGAUAAAAUGCAUCCGUCGGUGAAAAUAGUAAUAAAGAAAGGAGAGAAAUAAAAAUAAAAAAUGCGAGUAUUUUACGCACCAAUUUAAUUAAUAACAAGCGUUGGCACCCUAGCUCUAAAGCGAGUCACAAAAUGCAUGAAGGAGAGAAAGAGAGAGAUAGAGAGAGAGAGAAAGGAGAAAACAACAAAGAACGCUUUGUGAAUCUCGCGCACGUUAACCUCGCAAAAUGUAAUUCGAAAUAUUGUAUAACUUGUAUAACGCGUUUGUACAAACUCUGUAUCAUAUUUGAUCGCAGCCUUGUUACAGGCUUAAUAGGGAUCUUCCUCCGAUUAUAUAUGUAUACUGUGUAAGCUUAUAUAUCAAUUUUUUUUUUCUUUUUUAUUUUUCUUUUUCAUUAUUUUUUUUUAUUCGUUUGUUAUAUUGUGUAUAUAUAUAUACAUAUAUAUAUACAUGCAUAUAUAUGUGUAUGUAUGUGUGUGUGUGUGCGCGCGCGCGCGCGUGUGUGUAUAUAUAUAUGUGUAUACGUAUACGUAUAACAAAAAACAUAACAGAAAAAUAUUUUGUAAGACGAGGGACUUUCUCUCCGUUAAAAAUGAUCGUGAUCGUUUUUCAAAUGAUCACGAUCAUCGAUUUUAUUAUUCUUACGUUGAAAUAGAACAUGACAAACGUGGAUAUAUGAUACAAAUGAAUGAGAGAAAAAUGAUAGAAAUAUUCGAACGGGAAAUAUAGAACAAGAGAAUACGAUUUUCGAUAACUUACUAUUACGAAACUAACGAAUAAGAGAAAGAAGAGAAGAUUGGAAGAACAUGGAAAAUAUUAUUUCUCUCCAUUCGACGAUCUGUCGUUUAUAAAAUUGAUCUGUAAUAUUUAAAUGUUUUAAUAUUUCCUUUUUUUUCCUUUUUUUUUCUUUUCUCUCAAAAUAUUCGAAAGGUUAAUUAUUAUUAUUGUUAUCAUCAUUUGCGAGUACUUGCGUUUAUUAUAUUAGAAUCAUCAGUUUUAUUAGCAAGUGUUUUAUACUAAUCACAUUUGUUGUUUGUUAUCGAAAUUUUACGUUGCAUUUGUGUUCGAUAUAACAAUUCUUUUGCAUUACAAUCGAAUCAGGACGUUUAAUUAAAAUGUUUUAAUUAACAUUUUUUUAGUCGUAGAUAAUAUAGAAUUUUUUUUGAGGAAUUGGAUAAAAGGAUAAAACAAGUUUAUAAUUUUUUUAAUUUGAUCUAUUAACACCAACGUCGAUCACAAUCGCUUUCGUGUAUAUCGAAAUUUGACAAAUUUUUUGUAUAACGUGUUAAAUCGUUUCUCACGAAUUAAAAUAUUAGAGAUUUGCGGAGAUGUUUGUAAAAAAAUAUUUUCAUUAUAAUUUUCAUCUUUGAAAUCGGUAGAACGAUAGAAAUUUCUAUUCUUAUUUCUGAAUAUUUUUUUUUUUUUUUUUUUUAAUACAUAGCUUAGCAUCGUUAAACUCGAGAAAAGAAUUCAUGUUAAAUAUGAAUGAAUCUGUUAAUGAUUAAGAAUGGAGAUGAAAUUUGUCUAGUUUCUUCUUCUUUCUUCUUUCUUCUUCUUCUUCUUCUUCUUCUUCUUCUUCUUUUCUUCAUAUAAUUAUUAUUAAUAUCAUCAUUAUUAUCAUUGACGGGGAAUUGUCAUGAUGGACAUGCAUAUAUAUAUAUAUUUAUGAUCAUACGAUCUAACUAUACGUAUUAUUGGCGGUUUAACAAUACAUAUACGAUGACAUUUACCUCAGUGAUAUAGUACCUAUUUCUUUGUAUCAAGACUAAUGAUGUUCUUAUUCUUGACAGAUAGUUUAUACUUAAUUAUACUGAUAAAGAUGAUGAGAGAAGACGAUGAAUAACGAUAAAGAACAAAGGAAAGAAGAAAAAACGCGUAUUAGAGAUAGAAUCGGCGUUACUCAUUACACGCAUAGAUAUAUAACGUGCGAUACUUAAAUGAAUGAAUAAAUAAAUAAACAAAUAAUUAAUUAAUUAAUUAAUUAAAUAAAUGAAUAACUAAUGAAUAAUUAAUGAAUGAAUGAAUAAAUAAAUAAAUGAAGAGAAAGAGAUAGAAAUAAAGUAAAGUGAAAUAAAUGAAAAUAAAUUAAUGAUAAAUAAAUAAAUAUAAAUAGAAAUAGAAAUAUCGAACAUCGGUUAAGAUCGACAAUGAAAAAUUUUUUGUGAAAUCUAAUAUGUUAGAUCGCGACGUACAUACAAAGACGUAACUAGACAUUACACAGGCCACUCAUACACAUACACACACACACAUUAACGUAAAAAGAGACUAUAAUAAAGAGGUGACGAUAAAUAAUUCAUACGAAUGAUCUCUUAUAAUUAACGUGGUAAUUCGUUAAUAUUAACAUUACUUGAUUCGAUAUAUAUGUAUGUAUAAAUAUAAUACAUGUAUGUAUCUAAUUACUUACGUCUAAGUCGACUCGAACGUGAACCGAGUAAAUCAUUUUCGUGAUUAACAUUUUUACGGAUCGAUCAUGGGAGAAAAAUAAAUUAGAUAACGGGAAAUCGUCUGUUCGGUGAUUUUUAUUAGAAAAAUCAGAAGGGAAGAGAGUUGAUCGAAAAUUAUUUUAUCGGAUAAUACGCGAUAUAUGACUCUACCUCAUAAUAAAGAAGAAGAAUAAAAAGUAGAAGGAAAGAGAGAGAGAGAAAAAGAAAGAAAAAACGACGAAAGGAAAAACGAAUUAGACAUUUCUUUUUUAAAUACUUCGUUAUGACUCGCAACGUCGUAAAAAUUCAAACGCAAACGAUUUUUAAUUAACGAUUGCAUGAAGUCGUACUAUCGUCUUUGAUGAUCCAAAAUGAAUGAGACACUAUAUGUGCGAAUUAAUAAUUCACGUUUAUUUGAUCUUACAUUUUCAUUUGUGCAUUAGUAUCUAUGUGAACUCGAGUUUAUUACUUAUAUGCAAAUUACUAAUCACUUUAGCCUUAUAUUUUUUAUAUCAUUUGUACGUUCGAGUAUUCUUCUUUUUUUUCUAUUUUACAAUUUAAAUUAAACAUUUAUCAUAAUCGUCGAUUUUCUCCUUUUCCCCCGUAAAGGGAAUAAAUGAUCGCUGGAUAUAAAAUACACAAUUUCUUCGAUGGCUCGAAAGAGGAAAAAACCGAAAAUGGAGACGAAAGGUUCGAACUCUCUUACUUAAAAGAAAGAAAAAAAAAGUCAAAAAAAGAAAAUAAGAAAAAAAAGUUUAAAAAAAAACAGAAAAAACCAAAGAAACCAUAAAGUGCGUUUAAGCGAAACUCAAUUAAACAUUCAUUCUCGAUUCAAAUAGACGUAAGAAUUCAAAUCGACGCUUUACGUAUAAAACCAGAGAAAAAAGUGCUAUCAAUGGUUACGCUUACUAAUCCUUUGUAAAAUACAAUCUUUAAAUAAACAAAACAUAACAAAACAUAAUAAAACAAAACAAGACAAGACAAACAAACGAGAUAAUAGGCAGACGAAUUAAUUAAUAUACAUACAUAUGAUUAUUAAUAAUUAAUAAUUAACUUCGUGUUAUUUCUAGACUUGUGGGAGUUCCGUGUAUGGCGAUAAAAAAAUGUGUUUUUAUUUCUAAUAUUUAUUAGUUAAAGACAAUCACGUUUCAGUCGUCGUCUAAUUUCGUCCUUGAGUACGUGUCAGAUGAAUAAAUAAAUAAAUAAAUAAAUAUUUAUAUAUAUACAUACAUAUUUAAAAUAACGAGAAAAACUUGAAACUUUUUUGAACGCCCACAAGAAAUUUUGCAUGAUAUGUACACACGUAUGAUUCGCGAUUAUAGUAAAUUUUUUCCGAUUAGAAUUUGAAUUGACAUUAUAUUUUCUAAAUCGGCUAUAAUACUUAAUACAUAUGCGUUAAUUACAAACAUACAUAUAUAAUAUAUACAUAUAUACGACAUGUCCAUUAUAAAGGAAGUCAACUAUCAUACGUAAUCAUUUCUGCUAAUUACGUAUAACAUACCUAUUAAUUAUUAGAAAUAUAAAAAACAAAAUGAGAUAAAAAUGAAAAUCAUCGUUCGCAUCUAUUGAAAUAUGAGACAGAAAAAAAUGCAUGCAUGCACAAUUAUUAUUAUUAUUACUACUACUACUACUACUAUUAUUAAUAUUAUUAUUAUUAUUAUUAUUAUUAUUAUUAUAAAUUAUUUCAAUAUACGUAACUUACUAAUAUUAUUAAAAAUUAUCUUCGAAUCUUUUCCAAGUAUGCACUUUGCAUAAAAAUUUUUUCGUCAUUCAAUGUCUACAUUUCGAACGUAUUCUUCUAAUAAAAUAAAAUAAAAAAGAAUAAUAUAGUAAUAAUAGUAUUAAAAAUAAUAAUAAUGCAUAGUUAUAUACACAGGGUGUCUCGUUGGAAAAGCACCAAAUUUUUCGAUUUGUCCGAAUGAAAAAGAAUUCGGUCGGGUAAAAUUAAAUUACGCCGUUUUAGAAUUGAUCGGAUGCUUAAAUUAAAUUUAAUUCUAAUCGCGUUUAAAUCUAAUCAAUCAUCGCUCGCUUGAAAAAUGAAAAAAAGAAGUUGGAAGAUCUUUCACUCGCAUCGUCUUAAACGACGCACGUAUUAUUAACUGUAUCAUUUGAGACAAACCAAAAAACAAAAAAAGUAAAAAAGAAGAAAAGCAAAAAAAAAAACAAAAUACAAAAGAAAAAAGAAAAAAAGAAAUCACUUGUAACGCGUAAUUAAAGUAAAAUUAUAAUUGUUAAGUCGUAUCGCGUGAUAACAGUGAUGAACGGUGGAUAACGCGAAUUAAAAAAAAAUGAAAAAAAGAAUCGACAACAACAAUAACAAUAAUAAUAAUUAAGAAAGGAGAGCACGGGGACGUUGAAAGAUUUCGCGACUAAAAAAAAAUAAAAAAGAAAGUAAAAAAAAAAGUGACGCAGACAAAUUGUACAUAAUGAAAAGAAAUCGCUCUUUCGAACCGAAUAAGAUACCUCUUAUGCAGACGUGCCUCAAAGUGAUAAGAAAAAAAAAAUAGAAAAAAGAUAAGAAAAAGAAAAAAAAAAUUAAAUUCUAAGAGACACACGUGAAAGUUCAAAAACGAAAGAGCGAAGGAAAGGAAAGAACGGAAAAAGAAAGAGAGAUAAAGAAAGAGAGGGAGAGGGAAAUAGAAAAAUGGCGCAACAUCCGAAAAUCACCGUUGAUCACUGUUAGAAAAUGAAAAAAAAAGAAAAAGUAGAAAAAAAAGGAGACACAAAGAAGAAAUACCUAAGCGAAUCUUCCAUUUCGAGAAACUUACGUUUAGAUGAUUUUUCAAUGAGUAAUAUAUUAUAAUACCAAUAAUUAUAACAAAUAAACUUUUAAAUUAAGCGAUAAAUAUAAAAAUGAAAAAAAAAUUCUAAAAAUUUAAAAAAAGGAAAUUAAAUAAAAAAAAAAACAAAAAAAAGAAAAAGAAAAAGGAGAAGAAGAAGAUGAUGAUGAAAAAGUCGACUUGAUAUGAAUUUAUACGCAUUUAAACGAAGUGUCCUGGUAAAUAAUGAAUUAUAUUUAUCCCCGCGUAAGAUUAGCCUUAUCGCGUAAUCCGCGAAAUCGAUGAAUUUUCACGAAUUAGAAAUGUUUAAACGAUAGUUUUAUUCGUUCGACUGACGUUACUACGGCAACAAAAGAUAUACACGUAAUUACCUACACGUUACUUACACAUUACUCGUAUACACGCAGAUAAUAAAUUCUCAGCAAAUGCUAUAGAUACGACAGAAAGACAGACGAAUAAGAAUAAGAAUAAGAAAAGAAAAAAAAGGUAAAAUAAAAUAAAAUAAAAUAAAAUAAAAUAAAAGGGAAAAUAAAAAAUUAAAAUUCUGAUAUAAAAAUUUACGCCGAUAUAUUAUAUUCGUACGGUAAUUAACGAUUUUGUUAUAAUAACGACACGCGGUAUGUGUUUUAUUAGGGACGUGAUUUAGAGAAACCAAAAAAGAAAAAAAAAAAGAAAAGAAAACAGACCUCUCGUACGUAAUAACAUGACACCGUAUAUUUUGUGAGAGUAGCCUACCUAUGCGUGUAUCCUUUUCGGUAUUGUAGACGUAUAGACGUGAUUUCAAAGAAACUUAAAAAGGAAAAGAAAGACAGAGAGAGAGAGAGAGAGAGAGAGAGAGAUAGAGAGAGAGAGACAUAAAGAAAAAGACAGAAAAAGAAAAAGAGAGAAAGAGAAAGAGAGAAAAUUAAUUCAAGAGAGUCCCGAGUCCCGUUACGUAUAAAUGGAACUUUUGCGAGCAUCGAAUGAUUUUAAUUUAUUUUUCGUAUAUCUUUCAUUUUCAUACUUAUAAUUAUGAAAUAGAUUAUUCUCAUAGAUUGAUCUAUGCGAUUGAAAUGGAUAAUAGAAUGAAUUUUUUACCGAGUAUCAAGAUGUAAUUUUAUAUUUAUGGCGAUCGGUGACGUCACGUAUUUUUAACAAUUACAUUGAAUGUAAAAUGUAAUAUAUUUAAUGUUCAUCGAAUGUAGAAAUUGUAAAAUCGAUGUAAUCGAUGUAUGAUGAUUGAAUUGUUCAAUUUUUUUUUUUUUAUUAAUCGUUACGUUCUACCGAUCGUUCUACCGUAAGCGAUGCUUGUGAAAGGUUUCAGUAGAAAAAAAAAUAUAUAUAAGAAGAAAAAAAAGGAAAUAAAAAUAAUUAAAUAAAAACUCUAAGAAGUACGUACAUAAGAUGAAUGAAAAAGAAAAAAAAGAAAGAGAAUGUUAUCCCAAAGUAUGACCAUAGCGAAAGAACAAAUGCGUGUGAGAGAGAGAGAGAGAGAGAGAGAGAGAGAGAGAGAGAGCGAAUAAAGAAUUUGUAAUACCUACAUUAGAAAAAAAAAAGGAAAAAGGAGAAGUUUGACUCACACACGUGCAACACACACACGAAAGUUUUUAGAUAUUCGACUUACGAGAUGAUAGGAUCGGAUGCUUUACGAAUAACGACAGAAGAGAAUGACGAUGAUGAUAAAGAGAUAAGAGAGAGAUAGAGAGAGAGAGAGAGUGAGAGAGAGAGAGAGUGAGAGUGAGAAAAUAAGGAAAGAAAAAAAAAUGAUGAGAUUAAAUAAAUAAUUGAAAACAUAACGCUUACCUACCUACGAUAAUUUAUUAUUAUCGAAUUAUUAUUUCAUUUAUAUAUUAUAAUAAACGGGGUUAAAGAAAGAGUGAGAGAGAGA